AUGGAGAACGCGGUGGUUCUCCGGGAGUGGUUCGACCGCGUCGACGCCGGCCGCACCGGCAACAUCACCGCUGCCCAACUCCAGGGCGCGCUCGCUGUUGGCAACCUCAACUUCCCCAUCUCCGUCGUGCAGCAGAUGAUUAGGAUGUAUGACUUCGAUCGGAAUGGCACCAUGAGCUUUGAAGAGUUUCUGGCUCUUAACAAAUUCCUUCAGAAAGUGCAAAGUGUAUUCUCCACCCUGGAAAGGGGUCGUGGAUUUCUAAGUCUUGAGGAGGUGUAUGAGGCAUUAAUCAAACUUGGUUUCUCGUUGGAUUCACCAGCCUUCUACACAGUUUGUGAGAGCUUCGACAAGAGCAAGAAGGGGAUGAUUCAAUUGGAUGAGUUUAUAUCACUCUGCAUUUUUGUGCAGUCAGCUCUGUAUGUUCUCCCUGACACCUAG